CGGGUGCGUGCGCGCAGCCGCGCAGUCACCUGCCGCGUGCACCGACCGCAACACGUCGCGACCGCGAGAUGCCGCCAUUCGCGUCUAAACGAUCUAUUCUGCUCAUUUUUUGAAUUGACGAUUUAGGCGCCAAAUGUUUUAAUUUAUUUUGGUGGACAGUGCUUUCUGUGGUUAUCUGUGCGCGAGUUAUUUUCCUUUGAGGCCUUUGGACAUGGUUUAACUUUUUCUUGUUGCAUGUGACGUUCUCGAUAGACCUACGCAUCAGUGUGAGUUGUGAGAUGUGAUAGUGUUCGAAGACAAGAAGCAACAAUGUGCAGCAAGGAACAGAUAAACCACGUGCUUAGCAAGAUCAAUGUGGGUCUACCGUCGUGGUCGCGCGGGCUGGAGGUGGCGGAGGCUGCGCGCACGCGCCUUGUGCGCUGGGCGUGCGGCGAGCCCCCGGCCGAACCCGAGCCGCCGCGCAAGAAGAUGCCUCACGCACUACGACGCCGGUGGCCAUUGUGCCCCUGUUUACAGAAUGACGAGCCUCCAGAGAUCACAUACUGUGUGGUUGGGGGCGAAGGCGGACUGGCUUUACAGGCAGUCACCCCCACACAUCCAAUGCCACCAGAAGAUGAACUCGACGCCAAGUUUGCGGAACUGGUGGAAGAGCUGGACCUGACGGCAGUCAACAAGGCUGCGAUGAUGGCACUCCCUGCAGCCAAGAAGUGGCAGAUCUACUGCAGCCGGCGACCACCACCAGGACAGCCUCCGCCGCUCGCCACAGCGCCACAACUCGAGGAGUACAUCAAGGCUCUCAAUGAGAUCGCUGAUGCCUUCGCCUCACAAGAUGGAGUACCACCAGCAGAAGCAUGUGCUCUCGUCGACGGCCUCAAAACAGCAUUAAGGACGCGAGCCCACAGUUUUGUACUCCGGUUCAUCAAGCAAGGAGGUCUUGGUUCCUUGCUAGAUGCCCUACAGAAGGCACCUAGGGACGAUGCCUUGACCAGGCAUAACCUCAUAGCGGCUAUUAAGGCGCUCAUGAACAACUCGACUGGGCGCGCGCAUGUCCUGGCCCAUCCCACGAGCAUCGAUCUGAUCGCACAAUCCUUAGACACUGAGAAUGUUAAGACCAAGGUUGCUGCACUUGAGAUUUUGGGCGCUGUCUGUCUUGUACCAGGAGGACAUAAGAAGGUGCUAGAAGCGAUGGUCCACUACCAGAAGUACGCCGGUGAGAGAGCUCGCUUCCAAAGCAUAAUGAACGAGCUGGACAGGAGUACUGGAGCCUACCGCGAUGACCUUGGCUUGAAGACAGCUAUCAUGUCCUUUGUGAACGCUGUCCUGAACUACGGGCCUGGAGAGGAAAGCUUGGAGUUCAGGCUGCAUCUUAGAUACGAACUGCUUAUGUUGGGGAUACAACCAGUUAUCGAAAAACUCCGUAAAUACGAAAACGAGACUCUGGACCGUCACAUCGAAUUCUUCGAGAUGAUUCGUAAUGAGGACGAGCGGGAACUGGCGCGGCGGUUCGACAAGGAGCACGUGGACACUAAGAGCGCCACCUCCAUGUUCGAGUUGCUGAGGAGGAAGCUCAGCCAUACUGCUGCGUACCCUCACCUACUGUCCAUGCUGGAACAUCUGCUGUUGUUACCACUGGAGUACAGCCCGGCGACGCAGCACUGGCUGCUGGUAGACCGCGUGGUGCAGCAGUUGGUCCUGCAGCAGCCCGCCGCCGCCAGCCGCGCCGCCUCGCUGCAGGGCUCCGACCGGGGCAGCACCACCGACUCCAACAAGAUCUACGAUCCAGAUGUGGCUCCUUUAGAGAUCAAUGUCGGUGAGAUAGUUCACCUCCUUGCCAAAGAAGAAGAGUUGGUGGCUGCUAGAACGAAGGCAGAAAAUUUGGAAAAAGAAAACGUUGACCUCGCCACGGAACUCGCUAAGAAGGAGAAGCAAGUGGACGAGCAGAGUCAGGAGCGGGAGGAACUGGAGGGCGUCGUCAGCCGACUCAAGGAGCGCCUCGAGCGCGAGACGGCCGCCCACAUGGAGUGUACGGAGCGGGCCCGGGCCUCCGCCACCAGGGCUCUUCUGCUCGAACAACAGUUGAACCAGGAGAGAGCGGAACGCGCGAGGUUUGAGAAACUAGUCAGUGAGGGAAGCAUACCAGAUGAUGCUAAGGUGAGCAACCUAAAGAGCGCAGUCAUCGAAACCGCCUGUACGAUUCCGCCUCCUCCCCCACCCCCUGCAGUAUGCGCCCCCCCUCUGCCACCGGCGCCCCCAGCGCCCGCGCCCCCCCCAGCGCCCAUGGCACCGAUGGCGCCGGCCAUAGCCCCGCCCCGCGCCAAGAAGAACGUGCCAACUCCUGGCAACCCGCUGAAGAGCUUCAACUGGAGCAAGCUGCCUGACACCAAGCUGCAUGGCACCAUCUGGCAGGAGCUGGACGAUACCAAGCUAUACAAUGCUAUGGACUUGCAUACCAUUGAUAAAAUGUUCUGCGCGUACCAGAAGAAUGGAGUUCAGAACGAAGGCUCAGUAGAAGACCUGAGGCAGUUGGGCUCAAAGCCGCGCACCAAGAUACUGACCGUGAUCGACGGCCGCCGUGCGCAGAACUGUACCAUUCUAUUGUCCAAACUGAAAAUGACUGACGAGGAGAUUUGCCGAGCGAUCCUCCGCAUGGACAGCGGUGAGCAGUUGCCGAUAGACAUGGUGGAGCAGCUGGUGAAGUUCACGCCCAGCGCCGAGGAGGCCGCGCUACUCGAGGAACAUCAGGACGAGCUCGAGAGCAUGGCCAGGGCCGACCGGUUCCUUUACGAGAUCUCCAAGAUCCCCCACUACUCGCAGCGCGUCCGCCUGCUACUGUUCAAGAAGAAGUUCGGCGCCGCGUCGGGCGAGGCGACCGCGCGCGCCGCCGUCGUGCUGCGCGCCGCGCGCGACAUGACGCGCUCGCGUCGUCUGCGCGCGCUGCUCGAGGUCGUACUCGCGCUCGGGAACUACAUGAACAGGGGUGCUCGAGGCAAUGCAUCAGGAUUCCGUCUAUCAUCACUGAACAAGCUGGCGGACACCAAGUCUUCAGUGUCACGGAACACCACACUCCUGCAUUACCUCGUUGAACUGCUUGAAACACAGUUCAAAGACAUCCUGCUUCUGGAAGAGGACUUGCCUCACGUGCGUGCUGCGGCCAAAGUAUGCGUGGAACAGCUGGAGAAGGACGUUGGAGCACUACGCACCGGACUCCGGGAGGUUGCGAGGGAACUGGAGUACCACGCCGCCCUCCCCAACCGCUCACACAACGACAUGUUCCUUCCUGUCAUGAGGGACUUCCACGCUCAUGCUGUCUGCUCAUUUACUCAGCUUGAGGACCUGUUCCAGGACAUGAAGAGUCGCCUGGAGGCGUGUGCCCACGCAUUCGGCGAGGAAGCGUCCGCGUCGCCCGAGCAACUGUUCGGCGCGCUCGACGUGUUCCUCACGCAGCUCGGGGACGCGCGCGCUGACUGCGACGCCGCGCGACGUCGCCGGGACGACGAGGAGCGACGCACCAGGCACGAACAGGAGCUCAAGAAACGCACUAUGGAACGGAAGCAGGCAUCCAGUCUGCUGAGCUCAGUCGGCAAGUCUCUCGGCAAGUCCAACGGAAACGCGGACUGCAAUGGACACUCCGACAGUUCCCGAGACGGAACCCUCACCAACGGACAGAAGGGAGAGUUCGAUGACCUCAUCUCCGCACUCAGGACAGGAGAUGUCUUCGGAGACGACGUAGCCAAGUUCAAGCGAUCCCGCAAAGCUUCCAAAGUCAGCCACAAGGGCAGGGACUCCCCCCCAAGGGGCGUCUGCAGGGAAGACUCAAGAGAACGACAAAAGAAUUGAACGAAAAACUAAACUAGUAAAGGUUAUUGAAUGUUUGUAGCGUCCAGCGUUCCUUCGUAGCUCAAUGUCGAUAUGAUAGGUGUGCUUAAUUUAUUAGGGAAAAUCUAAAGCAUCUUCGUGGGUAAAAUCAACGUUCACCUGUGUGUGACCACGCUCCACUCAUGGUUCAAUAUAAUUUUGGCUUUAAACGUUUACGUAGCUUCCUUCAAAUUGACAUUAUAGAAAUACCCGUAUCUCGGACGCUGGACCGUCGGAAGCAAACGAUUAGUAUAAUCGAAACGUGAUAUUUAUCGAGUAGGGAUCCUAUUGGACCGUUUUAAGUACGGAGUCACAAAUAUGAGAUUACAAACGACGUAUGACGGUGUGACGUGUCAUUGAACCCAAUAGUUUUAUGCGACAACGAAGCGACAGCUGCCAUUUUCUUUUUUGGAUAUGUUUUUUUGAAAAUUACUCACAAACAUGGUGCCUAAUUUUGGACGAUUUUGAGGUCGUGGCCUGACGAAGUUGCCCCAAUUGUAAUCUCAAUAACAUUGACCAUACGAAUAUUUGUAUUCUGUAAUUUUUAUCUCAAAACUAUACCAGUGAAAGGUGUUUCAGUUAACACAAGUUCCCACUAAGGGCCGCGGCCUCAUCGAGAAUUUUCGAGAAGCUUUUUGCUGGUUAUCGACUGAAGUAGUCAAAGACUGUGCAUGUUAUUCCAUAGACGUUUUUAUUUUAGUCUUUACCUAACUAUAAGCGUUGUGUGAUUUGAGUAACCAUAGAGUUAGUAUGUAUUGAGUUUUUACUGGAGUUCUCUUGGUUGUAAGUGGAAGUGUCGUUGUGUUUAUCAAUCAGAAACCGCGUCUUUUACGAAAGAGUCAUUGAAAAACUAACGAAAAUAAUUCGGAUAAAUAUGACGACAGUUUACAGUAUGAAUGUGGAUAAGUUUUUACAUAUCUCAAUGUACCUAUAGUCAAAUCGGACACAAUAGAAUGUUUUAGUGUCAAUACGAUCGGAAUUGACAUUGAUACAAUAUGUUAUCAAAACUGUUACGAAAGUUUACUAGGUGUAGGAAUUGAUACUUACCUAGCUGUAAACAACAUUUUGGAAUUUUGUAUCAACUAAAGCGUGGUAGAAAAUUUUUGAUAAAUUUUACAUUUAAAAAAGUUUUAUAAAAUUAUUUACGUAAUGAUCAUCGUCAUUUUUAAUUUAUUCCCAAAUGAUUUAUUCAAUGUAAAGUUAUAUUUUCAUUGUAAAUAUUAUUUUUAAUUUUUUUGCCAAAAUUUGUUACCGUCACUAAUAAAACGGAAUCAAUAAUUUAUUGAAAAUUUUCUUAAUGUAUGUAAUAAAAGUUUUCACUUGUAAAUUUUAUUGUUUUGUUCAGUAUUGCUUAAGCUCAUAGUAUAUUAAUAUAAUGAUUAUAUAUUAGACACUAUUUAAAUUAAAC